AUGCGGGGUUGUGGUUCGCUCAUCCCCUGACGAACCCCACCUGGAUGCCAGCGAUCCUCGGACGCCGAACUUUCCCCCGUGGCCCCCCGCUUCUUCAGGUCCAAGUAUAACGUACCCAUUUUUCUCCCAAGAUCUUCUCUGCUGCUUCCUCUGCUUCAGUAAACACACAACCUACUAGAUACCCAAACAAACCGCUUCUACCCAAGCACUUCUAAAUCCGUCAAAAUGGUCAAGGCUGUCGCUGUUCUCCGUGGUGACUCCAACGUCAAGGGCACCGUGAUCUUCGAGCAGGAGUCCGAGUCCGCUCCCACCACCAUCACCUACGACAUCUCCGGCAACGACCCCAACGCCAAGCGUGGCUUCCACAUCCACACCUUCGGUGACAACACCAACGGCUGCACCUCUGCCGGCCCUCACUUCAACCCCCGUGGCACCACCCACGGCGACCGCACCGCCGAGGUCCGCCACGUCGGUGAUCUCGGCAACCUCGAGACCGAUGCCCAGGGCAACGCCAAGGGCUCCGUGACUGACAACCUCGUCAAGCUCAUCGGCCCCGAGAGCGUCAUUGGCCGCACCGUCGUCGUCCACGCCGGCACUGACGACCUUGGCAAGGGUGGCAACGAGGAGUCCCUCAAGACUGGCAACGCCGGUCCCCGCCCUGCCUGCGGCGUCAUUGGUAUCUCCCAGUAAACGUCUCAACCGGUCGGAUAGUUUACGUUGUUAGACUGUUGUAACCUGAGAUGGUCUGCUGUCAAGCGGCGUGAAUAAAAUUGUAAAAGUGAAGAACCAAGCCAGCCCAUUUCGAAAGUUUCUAUGACCGUGAUCCAAUCCUGUGUUUGGUAUGCAGAGGUCGGUAAUUAUACUGUCAUUGGAACCUUCAAAGCUCAAACUACUUGCCUCGUAGAAACCGACAAUCUAGUUAGCUUUACAAGCAAAUCUCAUAACUAUACUAAAGCGAAGAGACCGGCCUGUCAC